CGGGCUUGAUGCCAUCUAGGGAUUCUCCAGAUUCUCAGUGAGAAAAAAGACGAACAGGACAACCGCUCGGAAGCAUUACGAUACACGACUUGGAAAACUAGGUAUACAGCGAGCAAUACAGACAGACAGUACGACUACAAACACCAUGGCCUCCUCACCCUACUCUCUCGCCAGCACCAUCAAGGUCGGGGCCAUCUCGAUGCCGCGCAUCCACCUGGGUGUCUACAUGACCUCGGGCAACGAGACGUCGUCGGCCGUCGCCAUGGCGCUCGACGCUGGAUACCGAGCCAUCGACUCGGCCGAGAUGUACAGGAAUGAGAGGGAGGUGGGGUCCGCGAUCCGGAAAUACCUUGCCUCUUCCCAGCUCCAGAGGAGCGAUAUCUGGUUUACGACCAAGCUGGCUAAUAACACGAGUUACGAUGCGACGAGGAAGGCGAUUAAGGAGAGUAUUAGGAAGAGCGGGAUGGAAUACCUGGAUCUGUACCUGAUUCACAGUCCGUAUGGCGGGCGGGAGAAGCGGCUGGAGUGCUGGAAGGCGGUGGAGGAUGCAAUUAAGGAGGGGGAGGUGCGGGUUGGGGGGGUCUCGAACUUUGGGGUGCGGCAUCUACAAGAACUCCUCGACUCCAAACCACGGGUGUUGCCGGCAAUCAACCAGAUCGAAGUGCAUCCCUUCAACACGCAGACGGACAUCACGUCGUUCUGCGCCAAGCAUGGCAUCGUGAUCGAGGCCUACGCACCCCUCGCCCGCGCGCUGCGGUUCAAGCAUCCAACCAUCGUGAAGCUGUCCAAGAAGUACGAGUGCACGCCGGCACAGCUGAUGGUGCGGUGGUCGCUGCAGCAUGGCUAUGUGCCGCUGCCCAAGAGCGUGACGAAGGAGAGGAUCAUCGCCAAUGGACACGUGGAACACAUCGAGAUCUCGGCGGAGGACAUGAAGACGAUGGAUGGGCUGGACGAGCACCUGGUGACGGAUUGGGAUCCGACUGAUGCGCCUUGAGGGGGGAAAAGGGGGAAAGGAAGG